AUGUUUUUUCUGUUCGUAUUCUUGAUAAGCUUUGUGUUUGGAGCCGACGAAAAUGUCUGUCAGAAUUUUGAUAGACCAAAAGCUAUCGUGUGUUAUAAUACUCUCAAAGAAAUUCAAUCAACUGUAAAAGCUUUAGCUAAUCAAACAGAUGAAACGGGAAAAAUAAACAAACUCUGCAUUGACUUCACCAAGUGUUCCCCUCUACUGAGAUGUGCUAAUGAUACAGAUGUUGAUGAGUUGAUCGACAAAAUGCUGACGUUCUGUGAGAUAAAUGAAUUCAGUGAUAGUUUUGAUCUCGAUGAAUGCGAUGCGAAGUUGAGAGCGAAGAAGUCAGCUUGUUUGAAAGACUGGAAUCCAUUUCCUGCUAAGGUUGAUGACUUGGUGAAAAUGGCAGAGCUACAAGAGAAAGCAUGUAGAAAUUUCUUUGGUGCAGGAAACUGUUUGGAAAAAGAGAUUAAAGAAUACUGUGGAUUGGAAAUGUGGGAAAAGUUCAAAAAACACUACACGGAUCUGGCCAAGAUGAUGGGAAAAUGUGACAUUCCUUGA